GCCGUGUACGCGCGAUGGCCGCGGGUUAAGGCCAGAGCCUGUCAGGAGCUCAGCGGAAGCGCCAGCCCAGCCGUGACAAACCAGCCUCGACAGCCCAGCCUGAUGCAUAAGAGCUGCUGUUCUCUGAUCCUGCGCGAGGCUCUCGACACUGCACAGCCUGCUCGCUGGCAUGUACAAUGGCCUUCCCCAGCGUCACCACCACGUUCGCAGGCAGUAGCAACCAGGGGCUGCAGGUUGGGUACAGCUCUGGCUCUAUCCACAUUGCCGCAGCUGGCAAGUGCCUGUCUCCGCUCCAACCAAUGCUGCGCUGAUCACGCUGUGUCCAUCCUAACACUCUGACGAGCAUGAAAGACUUGACGAGUGUGCUGAACAGGCAGUGCAAGUACGAGGAGACGGAAGCGAUGCACAGGCAGACGCUGGCGACAAGAGAGAAGGUGUUGGGGCAUGAGCAUCCUUCCACGCUGACGAGCGUAUACUGCCUUGCUCACUUGCUCGUGAAGCAAUGUCGCUACAAUGAAUCUAUUGCUCUGUACGAUAGAGCAAGCGCCGCGUAUGGUAUUCUUCUUGGAGAGGAUCAUCCGACUACCCGCGCAUGUUGCCAACACCGUUCCGAAGCGGUUGCGUUACAAGAGCAGUCUUGGUUUGUACUUUCUCCAGCAGCGCCAGACAACGGCGUAAGCACGCACACUGGCAAGAUCUUGAGGUUAUCACGCGGGCUGGCAAAGCUUGGGACCAGGAGCUCAAGGCACGAUAGGAGACGACGGAAUAACAUGUGAAUGAACGUACCACAUAAUACAACAUAAAGUAGACAUGAUUUUGUAAGUGACUUACCCACGGCCGGACAUCUGGUGUAACGAGUGUGGCAGGUUUCAGAUUGUGCAGACGUGUGGGUGUAAUGUACCGUGGUAUGAUUGUGAACUCGAAUGCUAUUGUUACGAGUGCGAUGAGUAUUUCCCCAUGGGCGGCUGGCAGGAGGUGUAUUGUGAGCGUUGCGCGCCGCUAGAGGCACGCUACUUCACUUC